GUUAGGUUAUGUCAGGUAUGUAUAAAUUAGGUGUAUUUAGUGCGCUCGUUGAGCGACAUGAGCGACUAGUAAAUAAACCUCGAGGAACGUUAUUUUUUCAAAGAAGAAGAAGAACCCGUGGAAGCCGGAAUCGAAAAUCUAAGGACCAUAAAAAAAGACUGUCCCAGAGGAACCAAUAAAAAGAGAGGAGGAAUAGAGACGAGAUAAACAACAUGUUGUGUCCAGAAACUUGGAAUUUUCAACCACCUCCACAUCAUAUCUUCGUGGAUGUGGUGGAUUUUAAAAAGUCUAAUAUGCUUGCUGUCGUAAAGAAUCAUUAUUUUAAUCAUUCGAUAUCCAUGGUGCUUCCUGACACUGUUACUGUUCCUCAAAGUUUACAUGACUGCUUGUCGGAGGAUACAGAUUAUUAUCGAAUAAACAAUCUGUGUGUCAGUGAUCUCUUAAAUAUAGAGUUUAUCGAGGCUUUUGUUAAGAAAGGAGAAAUUAACAUCUUGACAAUAGAAAACAAAAUAGACUUACAGAAUUCCAUUUGCGUAACUCCAACUGGGCAGUUAGUACUCUUUUUAUUGGCAGAUGAUUACCAAGCACUUGGUUUGGAAGGAAAACGCUCUGUCUUCAGCCACAAACUUCAUACACGUUACAUAGUGGGAAUUGAUUUAACAAACGAAACUUUUGUUCCUGGUAAGAAUAAUUAUGAGAGAGUUCGAAUAGCGUUGCAGAAACGACUCACACAAAAGUUUGAUGUUAUAGUAUCGUGGGAUCCACCAGAUAUCAACAAAUGCCCGUCGUCCAUAGCAGCAUGGUUUCACGCACGUAAUUAUAAUGUUUGUCUUUGUCGCCAAAAAUUUUCCCGAAGAGCCUAUUAUUCAUUAGCGAUACCUACUUACGAAGAUGAAUGUAAUGAUAAAAAUAAGACUGAUGCAGAUUUCUUUGAAUGGCUUGGAGUCUUCAGCAUUAAUGGUGAUCUAUCUAUAUCUAAAGAAGACGAUUACGCAAACACGUAUCGGUGCCCUUCUCCUUCUGUACAAGUUGGACAGGUGCAGUAUCUACAGUGGACUGGAUUCUUUACGCGACGAAAGAUACAACAAGCAUAUGAUGCGUUAAAAAAGUAUGUAUUAUCACGAAAUGCUUUACCAUGGGUCAGUUUAGACAUACAAGGAUUUGCGGACAGUCCUAUUAGCUUCAAUUUAAGAGAACACAUGUUCUUCACUGACGGGGAUAAUAGCUAUACUAUUGUAUUUCGACCUAAAGGCGAUGCCGUUGUACGAAGAAGUUUAAGCUCUAACAAUAAUAAAGUAAAGAAUAAUUAAUUCAAACUAAACUACUUGAAUGAAUCACACAAUAAUAUUGUGAUUCUGAUGAUAAAAAAUCAAGAGCAAGCAAAACAAAUUUAGUUUCAUAUUGAAUAAGGAGUUUGACUGUAAGGAGAGAACUUUUUUAAGUAAUGUAUAUAUUAUACAGCGACAAUCUUUGAGAUUCAUCAUAUUUUAUCAUCAAAUGUUUGUUCAUUGAUUAGAAAAUAAAAAUGAAACUAAGAAUCCUGCAGUUAAAAUGUCCUUAAAAUUUAUAUAUGAAAUCCGAUUAAAAAAAAUUGUUUUUAAUUAGAAGAUAGAGAUUUUAUUUUUAAUAAAAUAUAACUAUAAAUAAAUUCCUUAAGAUUAAGGACCCCUCAAAAUUAAAUACGAUUAUAAUAAUAUAAUUUAUAUAAAACAUUAUUAGAUUCAGCCUCAAGAAAUGACAUAAUUGAUUGCUUCUUUAUUUAUUUAUGCGAAAAAAUAGAUAAAUUUGUUUUUGUUAAUAAAUAAUGUUUUUAUAAUAAA